GUUUUAAUAUUUGCAAUUGCAUGGAAAAUGCACACAUCUACGAUGGGUAAUGUGUUAUUAUUUCAUAUUAGACUUGUGCCUUAUUCUAUCGAUAGGUUUUAUUUCAAGGGAUGAAUGGAUGACAAGCAUGAAAGAAUUAGAGUACGAAAAGAAUUUUUUUAUUUUAUUUUACAAGUAUUAAUAUGUGUGUAUUCUAUUCUAAUUUAGAACAGAUUCUAUUGAAAAGUUACAAGCAAAAAGAUCUGACUUUGAAAAAGUAUUUCAUGACCCUAAACAAUUUAAUGAAAUGUAUAAAUAUACAUUCAAUUAUGCAAAGAAUAAAGAUCAAAAAUGUAUGGAAGUCGAGAUAGCCAUCGUUUUAUGGUCUAUGUUAUUAGGGAAUCAAUUUCCUAUUGUACAUGAUUUUAUUCUAUUUUUGCAAGAAAAGAAACCUGUUAGAGUGAUAAAUAGAGAUCAAUGGCAAAGCUUUAUAGACUUUGUUUCUAGUGACAUUUCUAAUUAUGAUGAAUCAUCAGCCUGUAAGGAAAAAAAAAAAGGACGUAUAUUCAUUAUUUUAACGACAAAAUAUGCUUUUAUUCAGGGCCUGUUUUAUUUGAUGAAUUUAUGGAAUGGAAAAGAGAACAAUGAAACCUCCUAUUUUAUAUUACAAAAAUAUAAUAAAAACAAAGACAUCAGUCUAAGUGUAUUAUUUCUCACUGUAUUUAGUAUAGGUUAAAUGACAGUAGUUGAAUAGAUAAUUUGAAUGAUAAAAGAGAGCUAAGGUUUUACUCUUUUCCAGGUGGUCAACAGAUACAAGGAUUAUUAUCCGGACAAUUUUAGAGGGAAGAGAGAGUAAACUCAUAUUAAUAAAUAUCAAGAUUAAAGAUUUUAGUGAAUUUUUCAAUACACCGAGCAAAGUUCAAAUUCUUUAGACUUGUUAAAAUAAAGAAUAUUCACUUUUCUAUUCAGUUAAUAAAUAACUUACACGAGUGUUAUUAUUACUAGCAAGCAAGCAAGC